AUGCAAACUCCGGCAUCCUCGCCCUCGACUUUCUUCGACAGCAAAGAGCCCUUCACCCCCGACCACCGUGAUCCCUGGGACCAUAAGGUAGAUGCUAUCGGAGAAGAUCGAGAGCCCCUUCCCUGGCGGAUGGGCGAUGGCGCCUCGGUGAUGGGACCGCGGAACAAGGAUCGCGAGCGCCAGAACCCCGACCUUGUUCGACCCCCGAGCACCGACCAUGGCUCGCUGCCGAACAUGCGAUGGUCAUUUGCCGACUCGCACGUACGAAUUGAGGAAGGCGGCUGGACGCGCCAAACCACCAUCCGCGAGCUCGGAACCAGCAAGGAACUCGCGGGCGUGAACAUGCGCCUCGACAGCGGGGUCUACAGAGAGCUACACUGGCAUCGGGAGGCCGAAUGGGCAUACGUCCUCGCGGGCCAGGUGCGCGUGACAGGGAUCGACCUCGACGGGAACGCGUUCAUCGACGAUUUGGAGAAGGGGGAUCUGUGGUACUUCCCCUCCGGCCACCCGCACAGUCUGCAGGGGCUCGGGGAGAACGGCACCGAGUUCCUCUUGAUCUUCGACGAUGGCAAUUUCAGUGAGGAGUCGACGUUCCUACUAACAGACUGGAUGGCACACACCCCCAAAGCAGUCCUAGCCGAGAACUUCCGCCUCCGCCCGCAAUUGUUCAAGAACCUCCCCACGAGCGAGAAAUACAUCUUCCCGGGCUCGCACCCGGGCUCGAUCCCCAAAGAAAUCCCGCCCAACUUCAAACCCUCCAAGGAGCGGUUCACCCACAAGAUGCUCGCCCAGGAGCCCGAGCGCACUUCGGGCGGCGAGGUGCGCAUCACCGACUCGUCCAACUUCCCCAUCUCGAAGACGGUGGCGGCGGCGCACCUGACGAUCCAGCCGGGGGCCCUCCGCGAGAUGCACUGGCAUCCCAACGCGGACGAGUGGUCGUACUUCAUCCGCGGGCGGGCGCGGGUGACCAUCUUCGCCGCGGAGGGCAACGCGCGCACCUUCGACUACGUGGCGGGCGACGUGGGGAUUGUGCCCAAGAACAUGGGCCACUUCAUCGAGAACCUGUCGGACGAAGAGGAGGUCGAGGUGCUCGAGAUCUUCCGCGCGGAUCGGUUCCGCGACUUCUCGCUGUUCCAGUGGAUGGGCGAGACGCCGCGGCGGAACGUGGCGGAGCAUCUGUUCGCCGAGGAUCCUGAGGCGGCAAGGGAGUUUCUGAAGAGUGUGGAGAGUGCGGAGAAGGAUCCCAUUCGGGAUACGUCGGCUUAG